AUGGCUACCUCACAUCCCAGUGAGCAUCGUCACUUGCGAAGUGGCAGCCUAAACAUCCAACCUCACAGUGGCCGCGGUGGUGCAAUGAUUAACGCACUGCCUGGCGCCCAUCAUCGAUUUGACGGGCCUAGGAGCCCGCCUAACACAUCGCAUGUGCCCUGCAAAUUCUUCCGUCAGGGCGCGUGUCAAGCAGGCAACGCCUGCCCCUUCAGUCACGACCUCUCUGCGGCCUCGGAGAAUGUGUGCAAGUAUUUCGCAAAAGGCAACUGCAAGUUCGGUCCGAAGUGCGCAAACAUCCACGUGCUGCCCGACGGGCGCCGCAUCAACUACGGAAAGAAUGGUGUGACUAUUGGAGCUCCACUCGGAGUUGCCCUCGGCGCUCGCGUCAACCCCACGACAUAUCAUCAGCCGUCGAACAGCGCGUUGACGAACUCGUUCCUACGCGCCGAUGCAUACCCGGCACCUGCCCCUUACCCUUUGCAAGAUGACCGAUACAUUCACCAGCUGGGCCGCCAACCGAGCAUGGAGAACGGCCUGCCCACGAUAGACACGACUUGCAGCUCAAACCCCACCUCAGUCUACGGGUCGCCUCGGGACGACGACGCCAACCGUCUCGGGCUUGGUCUUUCUCCCGUCAAGGGACUCUCAGUUCUGGACGCCCCGCUCCCUGCUUCCUUCGACAGCAACGGCAUCUCGCUUGCCGCCCGGUACGGGCCUUGGCCAUCGUCCAUGCCAUCCAAGUUUGGCCUCGAAUCGCCGUCGCCGUCGCUGAACGCAGCACGAGACGGGCGUACCUCAGAGACACUCAAGCUCUUGCACACAUCUGCCUUUGGCAGCAGCGAACACUUGUCGUCGUCGGCCAUUGGCACAAGCGAGACGAAUGGAUUCGGGAGCAGCCCACCUGUGGGCGGGGCCUCCGGGCUCAGCUCAGGCCUGGGAAGCGACGAGUAUUUCGGGAAACGCGCCAUGCACAGCAGCUCGCUCCGGUACACGAAGCCGCGCCUCAUAAGCAGCAGCGCGCCUAAGAUCGACCGCGAUUGGGAGACUGAGUUCUUGUUCGAGGAGGAUUAUGUGCCAGGCUCUCUGGCUAAUGAGGUGCUUACACCGGCCGAGAAAGCGAGGAGAGGAUCAACGACAAACACUUUGCGGCCAAUGGACAGCCUGGAGCCGGGGGUUGAGUCGGCUCCCAUUGGGUCCGCAAAGUUUGGAAGCCCAAGCAUGUCCGCAAGCCCGAGUCGAUGGGGCCCGCUCUGGCAGCGGCAGCAGAAGGAUGAAGACGCGUUUCUUGACGCCCCCGGCUCAGGUCGGCAAAUAAAACACGCCUCGGCUUUCGGCCAUGUGGGGAGCCCGUUAAGGAACUCCAGCCUGGCGACUGCGAUUUCCGCUGAGCUAAACGGCGAUUCAAACAGCAACCCCACGGGCAGACAAGCAGCUAGCGGCAGCGAGUCCCUCUCCGUUCUCGCCCAGCAGCUCCGGGAGACAAGGCUAGGGGAUGGGGCGCCGCGUUCGAGCCCUGCACGGAACGGUAGCGCCACCGCCAACGGACAGAGCUCAGCAGCAGGAGGAGCAGCGGGCGUGAUCGGGAAAGAACGGGAGAAAGAGGCGCAGCGUGGAUUGGAACGGCACAUCAGCAGCGCGUCGAUCAGUUCGAGCGUAACGGGACGGUUCACCACCCCGAUCGACGAAGAGGACCCGUCGUUUGUGUUUAGCAUGGAGGAAGAGGACGAUGCCGCGCAGACGCGCGCAAGGAAGCGGGUAUCCGGCGGUGCGGGGGGCCAUCCGCUUAGCACUGCGUGGACCUAUGCCAAUGCUGCUACCGGCAGUAGGGAGAAUAAUACCUCGGGCACAACGAACGGCGGCAGCGGCACCAAACCACGAGCAGCAGGGAGCAGCGCGGUCGAGUCGACUGGGAGAUGA